AUGGCAGCUCUGCCCGGGACGGUGCCUCGGAUGAUGCGCCCGGCUCCGGGGCAAAACUACCCUCGCACAGGAUUCCCUUUGGAAGUUUCCACCCCGCUAGGCCAGGGCAGGGUGAACCAGCUCGGAGGGGUGUUCAUCAAUGGUCGUCCACUUCCCAACCAUAUUCGACAUAAAAUCGUGGAGAUGGCUCACCACGGGAUCCGGCCCUGCGUGAUUUCCCGGCAGCUGCGGGUCUCCCACGGUUGUGUCUCCAAAAUCCUCUGCAGGUACCAGGAGACGGGUUCCAUCCGUCCCGGAGCCAUCGGAGGCAGCAAACCCAGGCAGGUUGCGACUCCCGACGUGGAGAAGAAAAUCGAGGAAUACAAAAGGGAAAAUCCCGGGAUGUUUAGUUGGGAGAUCCGAGACAGGCUCCUGAAGGAUGGACACUGCGACCGCAGCACCGUGCCCUCAGUGAGUUCGAUUAGCCGUGUGCUACGCAUCAAAUUCGGGAAGAAAGAGGAAGAGGAGGACUGUGACAAGAAGGAGGAAGAUGGGGAGAAGAAGGCCAAGCACAGCAUAGACGGCAUCCUGGGCGACAAAGGUAACAGACUGGAAGAAGGCUCCGACGUGGAAUCAGAACCAGAUCUGCCCCUGAAGCGCAAGCAGCGCCGCAGCAGAACCACCUUCACUGCUGAGCAGCUGGAGGAGCUGGAGAAGGCAUUUGAGAGAACCCACUACCCAGACAUCUACACACGGGAGGAGCUGGCCCAGAGAACCAAGCUCACCGAGGCCAGGGUGCAGGUCUGGUUCAGCAACCGACGAGCGAGAUGGCGCAAGCAGGCGGGAGCGAACCAACUGGCAGCUUUCAAUCACCUCUUGCCGGGGGGCUUCCCGUCCACAGGAAUGCCGACCCUGCCCCCGUACCAGCUGCCAGACUCCACCUACCCAACCACCACCAUCUCCCAAGAUGGAGGAAGCACUGUCCACAGACCCCAGCCCCUGCCACCCUCCACCAUGCACCAGGGAGGUCUCGCUGCCGCCGCCGCCGCUGAUACCGGUUCUGCCUACGGGGCCCGACACAGCUUCUCCAGCUACUCAGACAGUUUCAUGAAUGCAGCAGCUCCUGCCAACCACAUGAAUCCUGUUAGCAAUGGCCUCUCUCCACAGAAGCAGGGUGCCCAAAACAAGAUGCAGUGCUCCAGGUGGAACCUCACCAUAGCCUUGAACAAUCAGGUGAUGAGCAUCCUGAGUAACCCCAGUGGGGUUCCUCCUCAACCCCAGGCUGACUUCUCCAUCUCUCCUCUUCAUGGUGGUUUGGACACCACCAACUCCAUCUCUGCCAGCUGCAGCCAGCGGAGUGACUCCAUCAAAUCCGUGGACAGCCUCCCAACUUCCCAGUCCUACUGUCCUCCCACCUACAGCACCACCAGUUACAGUGUGGACCCAGUGGCUGGCUACCAGUAUGGACAGUAUGGACAAACUGCUGUUGAUUAUUUGGCCAAGAACGUGAGUCUGUCCACACAACGCAGGAUGAAGCUGGGAGAACAUUCAGCUGUCCUGGGGCUCCUACCGGUAGAGACAGGCCAAGCUUACUGA